AUGAGCUCCUUCUCUAGACACUUCUGUUCCGCCACAGCCUCGUUGAUUCGAGUCCUCAGCUCACUCACCUCCGUCCGAUGCGCCUCUCGCAUCUCAGCUCUGCUCCAGCGCAGACGAGAAAGCUCCUCUUCGAUGCCUGAGCCUCGGAUGUCUGUAUCGUGUCACACGCAGGGUGGAGCAGUGGGGCGAAUAGAUCGGACUCACUUGAUAUACUCGGCAAUAGAUGCAAAUAAUAAACUAUCACACAUCUCCCUUCAAAUUCACACUCUCCUUAAGACGGCACAACUUGAGCCGGCAGAACUUGCAAAUCCCAAUUGCCACCAGCCGGCGAAUGGAGACGUCUGGAAGCCUGACCAAACUCGGUUACAAUUGUCCAAGUUGAGUUCAACUGACAGACCUCUUACCUACAAGUAUUUAUGGCUCGGUUGUCAUGGCCAGCAGAGGGCACCAAUGGCGAAAGUGUACACUGGCAUCACAUGA